AUGUUCCGUUCUCUGCGCCGCGUGCCUCGCCUUGCCUCUCGUCUGUCCAACCCGUCCCGGGCAUUGCGCCCAUUGACGUGCGCCCCCGUCUCGACAAACCUCCCCGCAGACGCAUACCAGCUUCUGUCUACCAAAGAAAAGGCAGGCGAAGCAGAGGAUGCACUGUUUGAUCGACAAAUUCAGGAGGUAGAAUCCUGGUGGAGCUCCCCGCGUUAUGAGGGCAUCAAGCGCCCAUACUCCGCAGCAGAUGUUGUGAGCAAGCGCGGGUCCCUGCAACAAUCAUACCCCAGUUCGUUGAUGGCUCGAAAACUUUUCAAUUUGCUCAAUGAAAGAGCGGAAGCUGGACAGCCAGUUCAUACGAUGGGUGCCAUCGAUCCGGUACAGAUGACACAACAAGCUCCCAACCAAGAAGUCCUCUACAUAUCCGGCUGGGCAUGCUCCUCCCUCUUGACCAGUACCAAUGAAGUGUCUCCCGACUUCGGCGAUUACCCAUACAACACUGUCCCCAACCAAGUGCAGCGUCUCUUCAAAGCUCAACAGAUGCAUGAUCGCAAACAUUGGGAUACGCGACGGAAGAUGACUCCGGAUCAGCGGAAAGCAACACCAUACACUGAUUACAUGCGACCAAUCAUUGCAGAUGGCGAUACUGGACACGGUGGCCUGUCGGCAGUUCUCAAGCUUUCCAAACUUUUUGCAGAAAACGGUGCUGCGGCGGUCCAUUUCGAGGAUCAACUUCACGGCGGAAAGAAGUGCGGCCAUCUUGCAGGCAAGGUACUCGUGCCCAUGGGUGAGCAUAUCAACAGACUGGUUGCGGCCCGAUUCCAAUGGGACAUGAUGGGUUGUGAGAACCUGGUCAUUGCCCGCACAGAUUCCGAGAGCGGUCGACUCAUCAGCAGCGCAAUUGAUGUCCGUGAUCAUGAGUUCAUUCUUGGCAUUGCCGAAGAUGUGGAGCCCCUUGCGGAGACCCUCCAAGCCAUGGAGCGGGAAGGUGCCUCCCCAUUCGAGAUCGAUGCAUAUGAGCUUGACUGGGUCAAAAAGCACAAAUUGGUCACAAUUGACGAAGCUGUCGAUGCCCAUCUUGCCUCAGAGGGCGCUCCUCAAUCCUCCCGUGAUGGAUACAGAGCUUAUGUCAAGGCCAAUCCUGAUCUUUCAUUUUCCCGUCGCCGUGCACUCGCAAACGACUACGCCAAAACCCCCCUCGUCUGGUCUUGCGACAGCCCACGUACCCGGGAAGGAUUCUACCACUACCGCGCCGGAUUCCCAGCUGCCACCAAGCGAGCUAAAGUGUUCGCACCAUACGCAGACCUCCUCUGGGUAGAGACUGGUGACCCCGAUGUUGAGAAGGCAGGCAAGCUGGCUGGAGAAGUUCGCGAGGCGUACCCCGGCAAAAAGCUUGUGUACAACCUGAGCCCGUCAUUCAACUGGAUGGGACAAGGAUUCACCGAGGCCUCUCUCAAGUCCUUUAUCUGGGACAUUGCCAAACAAGGAUUCGUUCUGCAGUUGAUCUCGCUCGCCGGUCUACACACAAAUGCAACCAUUACAACAGAGCUUUCCCGUGCAUUCAAGGACGAGGGCAUGCUGGCUUACGUCCGUCUAGUGCAGUCCCGUGAGAAGGAACUUGAUGUCGAUGUCCUAACUCACCAGAAGUGGAGCGGUGCCCCCUAUAUGGACGGCAUCAUGGGAGCCAUUCAAAGUGGAAGCAGCAGCAGCAAGAGCAUGGGCGAAGGAAACACUGAGAAGGGUAUGCCAUCACGCUUUCGCUCCUUUGGGAUUCACUGCUAA